UUCAAUUUCGUCCGUGUCCUCUACAAAGCCUUGUUUCCACAAACAACAGCUGACCAUGUACAAUAAUUGGGACAAUUGCGGAAAAAUAGUAGCUAGUUGGCCUGACCAACGGGCGAAAGCAAUAAAGAGAGCCUGGUCACCAGCUUUCUGUUAAAUUCAUCCGGGACAAAGGUGUUUCGGAGGAGAUCAAGGGCCAUUGGUAUCUGGAAGAUGGAGCAUGAGAAGGAGUUGGUUAGGAACGUAGGUCGAAUUGAACCCCGAUCGCUCAGUUUAGGAUUGCUCGUCGGAUUCUUUCUCGCCUUGUUCACCUACAUCUCCAUGUCUGAUCGUUCCGUAACUCCUCUCCUAACUGUUGGUUUUGCAGUUGAGUCCCGAGCAGCAUCAGCUUAUGGAGUUCCUACCAGUCCCAUGGUGGAAAACAAGAUGAAUUCAUCACAGCUAGAUGCAGGACUAAGAAAUGCGACAGAGGAGAAUCCGGGAUCAGAUCUGCUCAAGAAGAAUGAUGCUAUUAAAGUGCAACCGAGUUCAUCAUCUAUAAUUCAUGAUGCUUCCUCUGGAAGGCUGGAUGCAAGUAGUACUCAGAAACUAGGGAAUGGAAACAUCGGAGAGGAUAGGCACGAGCAGGAUGGAGAAAAAAGGGUCCCAGACAAAAGUUCUUCAACUAGUGGUGAUUCGACUCAGAAAGAAGAUAUCAUCAAUCCCAAGCAAGCAGGUGAAAGGAGUGCGGAUGCCAAGCCUCAAAGGAAGCCAAUAUGCGAUUUUUCUGGUCCAAGAUCUGAUGUCUGUAAAAUGGAAGGAGACGUCAGGAUUCAUGGGAAGUCGUCCUCUGUGGUGUUUGUUACUUCUAAUCAAAUGAGAAAUCCAGAACCAAAUGAAUCGUGGGGAGUUAAACCUUACACUCGUAAGUCCCACAAGCCCGCGAUGCAGAAAAUCAGGGAAGUGUCUGUUAAAAUGUCAAAUAGCACUGAUGCCCCUCGUUGCACCCUUAAUCAUAGCAUCCCGGCCGUUAUUUUCGCGAUUGGUGGGUUCACCGGAAACCUAUACCAUGACUUCGCUGAUGUUUUGCUUCCUCUCUUCAUAACUUCGCGACAAUUUAAUGGAGAAGCCCAGUUAUUCAUAAGCAAUAUACAGCUUGAGUGGGUGCACAAGUACCGCCACAUUCUGAAAAGGCUGGGUCGAUAUGAAAUUAUUGAUUUCGACAACGAUGAUCAAGUUCGUUGCUACCCACAUGCGAUCGUCGGCCUCGAAAGCUAUAAAGAUAUGUACAUCGACCCCUUGAGAGAUCCAGAUGGGUAUUCCAUUGUCGACUUCAUAAAAUUUUUGAGGGGUGCCUACUCUCUUGAUCGAGAUUCGCCCAUCAAGAUGGGAGAACAUCCUGAGAAGAAGCCAAGGCUUGUAAUCAUCGAUCGACACCGAACCAGAAGACUUACUAAUGUCGGGGAAAUUGUUAAAAUGGCCGAGGGGUUGGGCUAUGAGGUGCUGAGAGCAGAGGCCACGUCUGAGACCGAAGUUGCUGAAUUUGCACGCAUCAUUAACUCAUGCGAUGUGAUGAUGGGCGUGCAUGGGGCCGGACUCACAAAUAUGAUUUUCCUUCCAAGGAAUGCAGUGUUUAUCCAGGUAGUCCCGUGGGGUGGGUUGGAAUGGGUAGCUAACUAUGACUAUGGGGACCCAGCCAGGAACAUGAAGCUGCAGUACAUGGAAUAUGGUAUGAGUCUAGAAGAGAGCACUCUGAUAGAUCUGUAUCCUAGAGACCACCCUGUGAUCAAAGAUCCCCCGUCAAUUCACAAGCAAGGAUGGAAUGCUAUGUAUAAAGUAUACAUGAUUGAACAGAGUGUGAAGCUUGAUUUGAGAAGGUUUAGACCUGUUCUGCUGAAAGCCCUCGAGCUCAUCCAUUAACAAUAGAAUAAAGGCAUCGGUUGUAUCGUCGGUAUUCACUCUUUUAGUUAAUUAUUGUCUCCCUAUUUUUAUUUGUUUUCAAUAAAGAAAAGGUUUCGUUCGUUUUUCUU